AGAAGAGGAAGAAAAAACAGCGUCGCGUGCAGCUUUUUCUUUUAAAAACGAAGCAACUGGAGUGUCCACUUCGCUGUGAUGUCUGAAAGAACAGAAAGAAAUGAUGGUCCUCAGCGAUGUGAGCGUCUCAGAGGCUCUGCGGUGUUCUGAGGCGUCCAGGAGCUGAAGACGAGUCGUCAUCGACGGUGACCCCUCAGAGCUGCCACCAUGGCCCUGGUCCAGGCUCUGCCCCUGUCUACUGAGCCCCACACCCCCAGCCACAGUGGUGGCGCUCGCAGACGACACCCCUCUGGCCCUUCACCCCCCGUCAACCCCCCACCCCUGCCCUUGGAGUCUAUGGGUUCUGUCAGCAGCCUUGUUGCUACUCGCACCGGACCCUACCCGGAUCACUGCUCUGGUUUCGAGCUGGGGACCAGAGUCCGGCGGCCCAUGCCAGGAACUUCUUGCCUCGGCACCGAAUCACCCCAAGACCCACUAAUGCAGAACAUCCCCUCUCUGAAGAAACCGAGCUCAACUGGGUCCAUCAGAGUCCCGGAGAAGGACGGCGGGAAUGGGAACUACACUUAUAUAAACGGAGACUGGAAUGAUAAUCACUUCAAACCUGUUAUCCAGGACAGUGAUGCGGAUGACUCUAAAGAAGGAUUAGGGUUAAAUGGGAAUAUGGGGGGACCUCCUCCAAGACUGAUCCCGGUGUCAGGAAAACUGGAGAAGAACAUGGAGAAAACGGUCCUGCGGCCCACCGCCUUCAAACCCGUCAUUCCCAAGAGCCGCUCUUCCAUGCAGUAUCUCUCUCCUCGCCACUGUGCCAACGCGUCCGAAAGCCAAAACAAUCUGAACCUGCUCAGCCCCGCCCACAGAGAGGCGUCGCCGCCCUGCUCCGAGAAACGCAGCUCCUACAACGGAGGACAUAACGUCAGCAACGGUAGCAGCCAGUCCUGCUCGCUGUCCGACUCGGGCCGUAACUCCCUCUCCAGCCUGCCGCCUUACAACAACGCCGGCUACGGUCUGGCAUCGGGGGACGCCGCCGCAGGGCACCUGGAGCCCAUGAAGAGCGUCCCGCCACUUGGUGUACAUGGACAGUCCAACUCAGACAGCGGACGCUCGUCCUCCAGCAAGAGCACAGGAUCUGGGUCCAUAAGUGGCCGGGGGCAGCCCCUGUCUGACAGUGGGUCCGGUGGGAGGUCUCCUGGUCCCACGGAGGGCUACGAAGGGGUGGUGAGAGACCUGGAGGACAAACUGAGGGAGAGAGAGCUGGAGUUGCAGCAGCUCAGAGGCAACCUGGACGAUAACGAAGCUGCAAUCUGUCAGGUUUAUGAAGAGAAGCAGAAGCGUUUUGAGUUGGAGCUGGAGGAGUUGAGGCAGAGCUGCGCUACGAGGAUGCAGGUAGCUUCUCAGAAGGCCCAGCGUGCUCAGCAGGUGCUUCAGCUGCAGGUUUACCAGCUCCAGCAGGAGAAGAAGAAGCUGCAGGAGGACUUUGCUCAGCUUUUGAAGGAGAGGGAGCAUCUAGAGGAGCGCUGCACCUCCUUCGAACACGAGAAGAUCCAGCUGGGGCCUCGACUGGAGGAGACUAAAUGGGAGGUUUGCCAGAAGUCGGGUGAAAUCUCUCUGCUGAAGCAGCAGCUGAAGGAGGUGCAGAACGAGCUAGCUCAACGCGUGGGAGAGAUCGUCUCCCUGCGGGGUCAGCUCAGAGACAACCGCGGCGAGCUGACCAACGUCCAGGUGCUGCUGCAGGAGGCCCACGGCACAAACCGCACGCGCACCAUGGAGCUGGAGGUGUGUGAAAACGAGCUCCAGCGCAGGAAGAGUGAAGCGGAACUGCUCCGAGAAAAGGUGGGACGGCUCGAGGGCGAGCUGGCGAAUCUCAGAGACGCCUUGACCAAUCAGGGGGCGGGAAACCGACAGUGUCAGGUGUUCCAGCAAGCAGAGGAGCACCUGCUCGCCUACGAGAGCGACAAGGCCCUGCAGAACAUGAAGGUGCAGAUGGACAGGUUGAACUCUGAGCUGGACUUUGAGCGUCGGAGGGUCGAGCAGCAAGAGGGCACUUUCCAAGAAGAGCGCAAGAUCUGGCAGGAGGAAAAGGACAAAGUGAUCCGCUACCAGAAGCAGCUGCAGGAGAACUAUGUGCAGAUGUACCGCAAGAACCGAGAGCUGGAGCAGCUCUUGCAGGAGCUCAGUUUGGAACUGGAGAGCAGAGAGGAGGACGAGGGCAGCGGCAACGAGAUCAACUUUGAUGAAGUUGCUGCGACAGAAAUUUGAUUCAGUUUAUAUUUGCACUACAGAUAAAUGUUUCCCUUCUUGUUUGAUCGAAACGGAGCAGGUGAGUGUUUUUAAUGAGCUCAGCCACACUUUAACUGUGACUGUUGUCCCACCUAAAAGCCAUUUGACCUUUAAAUGCUUUAAAGUUCUCUCCUUCAUUCAUUGUCUGUUGAGUUUUCACACACUUAGAAGUUUAUGAGCAACUUCUCUCAACCUUUCACCGUCGUCCUGCUGCGACGUUCUGACUCCACCGCCCCUGCUGGGUUCGGAGCGCCACACUCCCACUCUGUCAGCGCUGCUUACAGAGAACGUGUCAACGUUCACCGCGUCCUCGUAAGAAGAAGUGACUCAGUUAGCCGGGGUGACACGGACAGAACAGUGAUGUUGUCACAACUCGCCGGACCAGAAACAGGCUUUUAUGUAAACAGAAUCCUGAACAAACCAUAAACCACCAACGGCUCUCUGUUUUAGUUGAGGUCACGUUGGGCCCCGGUGGAAACUGGCAAACUUUGAGUUGCUGGAUCCUGAGAGUUAGCUUGUGUGGCAGCAGUUUGUGUGCAGAGCUCGCUCAACUGUAUUCUAGACCGUUUAUUUUGUUGCCCACCUCUGCCAACACCGUACCCGCCUUGGCUCACUUUGUACCCAACCUAAUCCACUGGAGUUAGGAGUGGGAAUAUUCAGUUCAGUUUAACGAUAUGGCGCCAAGUCCCAACAGAAGUCACACACGUUAUAAAAACUAAUUAGUAAGAGUUCUCUAAGGGAGCCUGCAUAUUGCGAUGAGGCUUCACUUGGUCACAGUCUCCCGUCCUGAGCAAGCACAAAGGAGACAGUGGAAAGGAAAAACUCCCUUUGUACAGGAAGAAACC